AUGACGACGCCUCCACGACGUGAGCAAGCUGUACAGCUGCUGAAAGCAGUGGUGCUUGCUUACUCGUUUUCAACUUCUCUAGUGAUCUACAACAAGUGGUUGUUUACAAACUGUGCCGCCGAGGAGCGGCAGACCUCACGGACGGCUGGCCGAUGCCUCGGCUGGGGCUUCCCGUACCCUCUCGUGGUCACCUGUUUCCAUAUGCUCUUUCUUUCCCUCGCGACUCAAUUCUAUAUGUGGUGCGUACCAAGCUCGCGACCGACGAUCGACAAGCCGUACCGCAAACCUCGCUUGCUGCUUGUCGGUCUUUUUGUCGCGCUUGAUAUCGUGUUCACCAAUGCCGGCUACCUUUUCCUGGAAGCCUCGUUCGUGGAAAUGAUUAAGAGCAGCAUGCCGGCAUCGGUUUUGCUCUUCGGACUCGCCGCUGGACUAGAGCAGCGUUCUGGUGUCUUGUUGGCUAUCGUCGUCAUCAUUAGUGUCGGUUUAGCGGUCGCGACGGUUGGUGAAAUGAACUUUCAUCCAGUUGGUUUCGCGCUAGAAUUACUGGCCGUAUUAUGCGGCUCCGCGCGUUUGAUUGAACAGCAGCUGCUUCUUCGGUAUGGUGCCGAGGGCAAACUGCAUAGUGCCGUGGGCCUUAGUCCAAUACAAAUUCUCUAUUAUCAAGCGCCGAUCUCUUUUGUAACGCUUCUGCCAGCAGCGUUAGCCAUCGGGACGACCCGAAUGCGUCACGAUGCGCUGCUCAAAGAUGCGCUGUACGUGAUCGAAACGAUUUUGAUUCUUAUUGCCGGUGGCCUGCUCGCUGUUGGGCUGAAUUUUGGGGAUAUCUUGCUCAUAGAUCGCAGUAGUGCCCUAACCUCCACCGUGCUUGGAACGGUAAAGACGGCCGUGGUGAUCGGCGUCUCUUGGAUAACGUUUCGGAACCGCAUUUCGUGGCUGAACCUCAGCGGUUACGCCGUAUGCGUCGUAGGUGUAUUUCUAUAUCAGCGGUACAGGCAACAGCAACCAAGUACCAGCACCAAAUUUGAUACUGCAUCGGCGGAAGCCGAUGCCCAAAGCGAACACACACCUGCCACCGGGCCUGGCGUACCUGAGAGCACGGGGCUCGCGAAGGAAGUGAACAUGCGACUGGAUGUUUCCGCUAUGCAGGAGGACACUGCGGUGUAG